GCACAAGGAGGAGAUAUUGUAUCUGCUUGACAAGUUCAACUGCGUUGUCAUCGUCGGCGAGACAGGUAGUGGCAAGUCAACGCAGCUCCCACAGUUCUUGUACGAUGCUGGCUGGUGUGACGACGGGUCGAUGAUCGCUGUUCUUCAGCCGCGUCGCGUUGCUGCAGUAUCGGUGGCGCAGCGGGUUGCGGAGGAGCGGGGAGAACAGCUUGGCGGUGUGGUGGGCUACUCGAUUCGAUUCGAUGACGUGGUGAAUGCUGAGCGAACACGCAUCAAGUUCAUGACGGAGGGCGUUCUCAUUCGCGAGAUGAUGCGCGAUCCCCUUCUCCAGCGCUACAGCGUCAUCGUUCUUGACGAGGCCCACGAGCGCACCAUGUUCAUGGAUAUCUGUAUCGGACUGCUGCAGAAGGUGCAAAAGCGCCGACCAAACCUCAAGAUCAUUGUGUCGUCGGCCACGCUUGAUGCAGAGACGUUCAAGGACUAUUUCAACCGCAACCAGACCAACGACCCGAGCAAGGACACCGCAGCCAUCUUGUCCAUCGAGGGUCGCACGUAUCCCGUUGAGGUGCAGUAUGCUGAGGCGCCCGUGGCAAACUACAUCACCGCCACCAUCGACACCAUCUGCGACAUCCACGCGACAAAGGGGGACGGUGACAUUCUUGCCUUCCUCACGGGCCAGGAUGAGGUCGAUGAUGUCGUGCAGCGGCUGCAGGAUCGGAUUGGACGGCGCGCAUCCGUCCUUCCGCUGUACGGCGCUCUCCCAGCACAGCAGCAAAUGCGGGUGUUUGAGUACCCGCGGGAUGGCAAACGCAAGAUCAUCGUGGCAACAAACAUUGCCGAGGCCUCCGUGACCAUUCCAGGCGUUGUGUAUGUUGUGGACUGCGGAUUUGUCAAGCUCAAGGGAUACGACCCAGAAACUGGCAUCGAGUCACUCGUGAUUACGCCAAUAUCAAAAGCGUCUGCGAAUCAGCGUGCCGGGCGCGCGGGCCGCAUCCGCUCCGGCGCCGUCUACAGACUCUACACAGAGGCGGCCUAUGAGGAGCUGGACAGCUGCACCAUCCCGGAGAUGCAGCGCCAGGAUGUGUCGCCUGUUGUGCUGCAGCUGAAGGCUUUGGGCAUUGAUAACGUGGUCCGGUUCCCGUUUCUCUCCGCCCCAUCAGCAAAGGCCAUGAGCAGCGCGCUGGAGCGCCUAUUCGCCCUUGAAGCUCUUGACGACGCGUGCAAGCUCACUGAUCCGCUCGGUUUGAAGAUGGCCGAGUUCCCGCUGCCGCCGAUGCAGGCGAAGAUGUUGCUCUCCUCGGGCGAGUUUCGUUGCAGCGUUGAGAUGACCAUCAUCGUUGCCAUGCUCCAGGUACAACAUGUGUUUGUCAGUCCCCGUGGCAAGAAAAGGGAGGCCGCCAGGCAACGGGCCUUGUUCUCGUGCGAGGAAGGAGACAUGCUGACGUUGCUGAAUGUGUACGAGGCGUUUAUGCGCCAUGGCUGCAACCCUGGGUGGUGUGGGCGGUAUUUCCUUAACUAUCGGUCCCUCAUGCGCGCAAAGGAGAUUGUUGGACAGCUGCGAAAGUCUCUCAGACGGUUUGGUGUGCCGAUCGUCCGCAACGGCGAUGGCGUGGGUGUUGAAUCGAUUCUACGGUGCGUGGCCAAAGGCCUGUUUGCCAAUGCCGCCCGAUACCACAUGGACGGCACGUACCGGUCACUUCGCGGCGGCGGGCGUUUAACCAUUCACCCAUCCUCUGUGCUGUAUGCGGAGAAGCCGCCACCAUACCUUGUCUACAACGACGUCGUCCUCACCUCCGACAACUUCAUGCGGGACGUCUCCAUCGUCGAGCCAGAGUGGCUGCCGGAGCUUGCACCGCACUUUUACGAGUACCGAGCAGAGAUGCUGCCGUCUGCACGUGCAGAAAAAAGACCAAAGCUUUCUUCUGUCCUCCUGCAGAGAACAAAAUAA